AUGGGGAAACAGUAUGCCAUUAGUCUUGUCUUUCUCUUGCUUUCCUUCUCGGUCUUACUUUCUCAUUUGAUUGUUGCUAUGAAAAGUGAAGAUGGAACUGAGGAGUGGGGCUAUGUUGAAGUUCGUGAGAAAGCUCACAUGUUUUGGUGGCGUUAUAAGAGUCCCCAUAGAGUUGAAGAUCCAUCCAAACCAUGGCCCAUAAUUCUAUGGCUAUCAGGAGGUCCGGGUAUCUCUGGAAUUGCGUCGGGAAAUUUAUAUCAAGUAGGACCUCGAGAUGAACGUUUAUUGACUCGUGAAUCUACGUGGCUUCGAAAAGCAGAUCUAUUAUUUGUGGAUAGUCCAGUUGGGACAGGGUUUAGUUAUGUGGAGGGUGAGUUACGGGUGACUAGGACUGAUGAAAAGAUAGCAAUCGACUUACUUGCCUUGUUGAAAUAUCACUUUAAUGCAAACAAGGCCCUCCAACAAAGUCCUCUCUUUAUCUUUGGAGAGUCAUAUGGAGGAAAAAUUGCAGCAAUUCUUGGGUUACAAAUUUUGGAAUCCAUUGAAGCUAACGAGCUAAAACUUCAACUUGGAGGAGUUGCCUUGGGGUGUAGCUGGAUUUCUCCUCUAGAUUUUGUGCUUACAUGGGGACCUCUUCUAGGAGACAUGUCUCGACUUGAUGAGAUUGGAUUAGAGAAAACAAAUAGUUUAGCUUUAAAGAUACAAAAUCAGUUGGAAAAUCACAACGCUAUGGAUGCAACUGGGACAAUGGAUCAUCUUCAAAAUGUUAUUAGUGAUUAUAGCAAUUCUGUGAACUUGCAUAACUUCAUGUUAGAUAGAAAACCUGAUAUCGAAGAGAAAAUGUCUGUUCACUUUAAGAAGUUGAUGAAUGGUGUUGUUAAAGAAAAACUGAAAAUUAUUCCUAAGGAUGUGAUAUGGGGACAACAAGAUCAUCUUGUCCCGCGAGCCUUGAGGGGUGAAAUCAUGAAACCUAAAAUUCAAGAGGUUGACAAGCUCUUAGCCAAAGGCGUAAAGGUUGCUAUAUACAAUGGACAGUUUGAUAUCAUGUGCUCACCAAAAGGGGCAGAAUCAUGGGUAAAAAAACUUGAGUGGGAUGAGUUGGAGAAUUUCUUAAAGACAGAUCGUGUUCCUUUAUAUUAUGGAAGUGAUGGAGAGACCAAAGGGUUUAAGAAAUCACACCAAAACCUGACUUUCUAUUGGAUUCUUAAAGCCGGUCAUAGUAUUCCAAAAGAUCAACCAUGGAUUACUUUACAGAUGGUGGGAGAAAUUACUGGAUCACCCGGCACUUCUUAG